AAUGACAGUAUCCACCAGUCGCGAUUUUCUAAAAUUGUGAGUUUUGCGUAAAUGUUAACAAAGCUAUUGCUUCAGUGAGUGUCAAUUAGUUGCCCGCGUUAAUUUACAUCCGUGUAGAUCUCCUAAAAAUUGAUUUGGUGAUAUUCUAUGCACUAGUCACUGAAAAUAAUCAAAAUAUUGAAUUGAAGUAACAGCUGAUUGAUGGUACUGUAAAAAUUGUGUCUGUCGGGGACUGCAUUCGUGCAGUCCACGUUAGAAUCGGUGAUCAUGGAACGCAUGAUUGCACUGAGUAGCCAAAAUCCACUCUCCAUGCUAGUCAAGUUCGGUAUGAUGGCCUGGAACAAUACUUGUGGUUUGGAAAAUUGUUCUGGUCAUGGCGAAUGUCACAACGGCACGUGUCUCUGCGAGAUUCAGUUUGAUGGAACAGAAUGCCACGUGCCAAACUUCAGCUACUACAUAGCAUUUGCUACGAUUUUCUUCAUUCUGGCAUUUGUCUGUUUGGUACAACUCGUCAUGUGCAUUGUCGCUGAAUGGCAACGCAUGAAGGCACCUUCGUUUCUACGUGCUUGUCGAGUUACUACGCAAAAGGUCUUGUACUUUGUUGUUUUUCUGGCAGCAACGAUUCGUGGCGCCUAUUUCACAUCGCCGACCACAUUUAACGAAGGAUGGUCACGAAGUCUUUUGUCUGCUUAUUACCCAUUGCUUCUGAGUGGUUCUUCGCUGAUCGUUUGUUUUUGGGCAGAGGUAUUUCAUCUUCAAGAUAAGCACUGGGAAAAGCCACAAUUUUUGUCAAAAUCAUUUCUGGGAUUUGUCAUCUUUAACAUAAUCACUUACUCCCUUCUAUUGGCUGAGUUUGUGACUGCACAAAUGUACACCCAAGUUGAUCAGGGUUUUUAUAUGCACAUCUUCAACGGCUGCUAUGCCGUUCUGCUCUUCAUUGUUGUCAUCUUCUUUCUCAUUUACGGCGUUGAAGUGUUUUUCAAGGUUCGCGGUGGAUUUCUGAACGAACAUCGCGUUGUUUCGAUUGUGACCAAUAGUCGUACGCCGGACGAUCCACAAUUUGCAGAGGAAGAUCCAGUAACAGCUAAGUUAUUUGAACCAAUUCCAACCACCUCGACUGACGAUGUGAAUAUUGAGCAGCAAGUGAACACCUCUCAACUUCAUCAGUCUAGAUUUGGUUUACUGUCACAGGCAUUUAUGCUGUUCAUUGUUGUUGGAUUUUUGUUCAGCGAAACGCUCAGUGAACUUUGGAAAACAAAAGUUCCAUUGCACAGCAGAAAUUGGCAUGACAUUGUUUUCCGAAUUAUUGAAGUGGGCGUUGCACUAUGGUUUCCAUGUGUAUUAUGGAACUGCAUGAGUCCAGAACAGUUAUGGAUACUCAAUCCUAAGCGCAUACUGAAAAAAUUAGAUCUAGAACAGUCCAAGCCUGUGAAGGAAAUUGAAUUGCAAGAGAAUAGAAAAGUCGAGAAACCUGAAGUAGAUGGCAGGUCAAUUGGAGGAAAAGACUGUUGGAUUUGUUACGACAGUGAGAGGCAAGACGCUGGUCAAUUAAUACAGCCUUGUCAAUGUAGAGGAGACGUAAGCGCUGUACACCAUGACUGUUUGCGACGUUGGCUAGUCGAGAGUUCCAUGGAUGCGGACAGUCUUGCUUGCAAAGUUUGCGGGACAAAAUACAAUGUCGAAAGAGCUAGUAAGUUGCAUUGGCAGAACGGUUGGACCUUACAUGAAUGGCUCCAUUCUAUUGCCAUUCUUAGUGUUAUGGCUGCCUCACUUUAUGGUGUGUGGUUGCUAAUUCAACUUGUCGAAGGGCCAAUAAUUAGAAUGCUUGCAGCCGGUACAGCUUUAUUAGUCAUAUACGUUUGUAUAAGGUUUUUGGGAUUAAAUACCGUGAUUGCAUAUCAGCGUGCCAAAAUAUCAUCUUUAAAAAUUAACGGUGCAGACAAUAAUUCCCAAGUAACCACAAUUAGUUUACACAUAUCUGCAGAUGUACAGAAACCAGAAACUGUUGGUAUAUAAGGAAAGCUACUUAAUUUCUCUCAAAAUCCAGAACCAUUCUAUGACUUGCCAUUGGUGCUGAUUUGAUCUGUACUCACUGAGAGAAUCGAAAUCAAAUGUACGAUUGUUACAGUAACCUGAAUUAUUAUUAAAAAACCGAGUUCUCAGCAACGCAGAAACUCGGACAGGAAGUAUCUCAUAGUAUCAAUUCCAUUCUGUUACUUUAACAGACUAGAAACUUGGAAUUCCAUAAUAAUAUUGCAAUAAUAAAAGAUCUUUACGUAUUAAUUACCAAACAAUGCUGGCCCCAUAAGUACUAGAGACGUGAUGAAUAUGACAGAGUUAUAAAAUCAAUUUAAAUAAUAUAAAACUGCCAUCCAACGAUGCCAAACAUUAAAUUUAUACAAUUCCUUAGCAUUGAGUUGCAAUCGAGUUUCAUUUCAAAUCUACGGUCAACGUUCUUUCCACGUCAUGGGAACGUGACGUGUAUUCUGGAAUAUAAUAUGCCAGACAGAAGUAUUUCAAUAACAAAAAGUACUAAUAGAUCUGCUCGUACCUAUUAACUAAUACGUACUACAGCAUAAAAGAUAAAAUUAGUAUUCGUAUUGCGUGAUCAUUGGUGUGUUCUUGCCACAAGUUAUACAUAUUAUAUGCGUAUAACGCCGGAAAUGGGGUCAGCAAAAUCACGUUUUGAAUUAUCAAGUGCAUUCAGGACUAUGCGUCUAAAGAAUUCGGAAUUGUUGACAUUUCCUUGAGCUAUGCUUUAUUCCUAAGCAUACGUAAAUUAGUUGGAAUUCAUUGUAUAACAAAUUGAAAUUUAAUCGUUAGAAAAUUGAUGGAAAUUUUCGCGAUACCACACUAUUGAAAUUUGAAAUUUGGGAUACAUGAAAAGCAAUCAUUAUUUUUCAUUACUGGCUUGGGCCAAGUUUUAGAAAAUCGGAAAACAUAUUCACUGUUAACUGUUUUAUUUCUAACCACACAAGCAAAUGUGUUUAGUCAAUUUUCCUGUUUCCCAAUACAGAUGAGUUUUGUUUUGCAUUAUUCACGUCGCAAACUUUGAAUUAUCAAUUUCGGGAUAUGAAAGAGAUAU